GAAUUUUAGUUACCAAUUCAAACACUCGUUCUCGUCGCCGAUUACGACUGCCCUGCUUCAAAGAUGGAAAGACAAGAGAACAAUCUGCAGAGCUCCAACAAUAAUUCUGAUGAUUUGAUCACGUUCUUGAACAGCAAUCAUCACAGCUUCAACAAUUCUGUUGAUUUCAACGCGUUCUUGAACAACAAUCAUCAGAACUCCAACAAUUCUGUUGAUUUCAACUCGUUCUUGAACAACAAUCUUCAGAACUCCAACAAUAAUUCCGUUGAUUUAACCUCUUUCUUGAACAAUCAGCAGAACGGCUCGAUCGGUAACAAUUUCAAUGGCGGCGUCGGCUAUCAACAACUGGCGAGAGCAAUGUAUCAAUCGUCGACGUACCAGAACCUCGAUUCCGAAACUCUGCUACAAAAUAUGGCGAUUGUCCUCAAUAGACUAUCAAUCAAUGGCGGUGCUUUAUCGAACGGAUUCGAUAAUGGCUUAGCGAUCGGGAACAAUUUCUUGCCUGAAUCGGCGUAUCCUCCAGUUUUACCUAAUCAAUUGGCGAGUGUGAGUACAAUUGAUACAAAUUUAAACAACAUCGUCAUCGGAGCCAAUCCACAGCUAUCAAUCAACGGCGGCGCCUCCUAUUCCAACGGCAACAAUUUUUUGCCCAAAUCACUGUUUCCUCCUCCGGCUUCACCUGACCUGCGACAUCGACAGCCAAGUACGAGAUCGAGUACAGGAUUUCAACGACACCUAAUUCAGGGCCUUGAUUUGGUCUCGAGAUCUGCGUUGAGUGUUUGGGGAUGCAAUCAUCUUCAGAAAACUCUGGAAAAGGAGGGGAAUUCGGAAACAAAAGACUGGAUUAUUACGAAAGUGACGCCCGAUCUUCCAAUCCUAAUGAUGCACCAGAAUGGCUCUGCAUUUGCUCAGACUCUGUUCAAAUCAUGCGAUAAACAGCAACUCAGCAAAAUUCUGCACUCGGUAGUGCUCGUAAAUGAAUCGCUCUUCAUUACAAUGUGUAGCGAUUACUACGGGAAAGAGUCGGCCAAAGCACUAAUUGAGAAUGUAAAAACUGACGAUGAGCAAAUGAACAUUAUCUUGUACAUUAUGAGAGAUCACAUUUGCAGUUUAACCAACUCUAUUAAUGCUAAACAAGUGUUGGAAUUCUUCAUUAAAGCCUCUACUAAUUUCUCCAGACAGCUUCUUUUCAACGCAAUGGCAAGUAAUUGUGUAGCAAUCGGCACCGAUCGAGUGGGUUGUUAUGUUCUACAGGAUUGUAUCUGCACAGCCUAUAUAGAAGCCAAGCUUGUACCAUAUUUACUCCACAGCAUCGUAUUAAACUCACCCUAUUUAUCAGAAAACUUACACGGGAACUAUGUGGUUCAGUGUGCAAUUUCGUCGGGCAUUGCUUGUGUAAAACGAGGCAUUGCGGAGCGGCUGCAGGGGAGAUUCAAAGAUCUUUCGAAGAGUAUGGGCGGUAGCAAUGUGGUGGAGAAGUGCUUGAGGUUGUGUGAAGAUUCUGAAGUUGAGAAGAUUGUUGAGGAACUGUUGAUGAACCCAACAGUUGUUCCCAAUGUUGUUCAAGAUGCUUUUGGCAACUUUGUUAUUCAAACUGCUCUUGAACAGCUCCACCGGCGGGGAAUUAUGAAACUGUAUCAUACUCUGGUAAAGCGCAUCACCGAUCAAUCUCUACUUCUCUCCAACCACCCGUAUGGGAGAAAAGUGUUCUAUAAAAUCCGUCAACUAUCACAUCAAAACAAGUCUGGAAAGAAAUUCCAAUAGCUCAUGGAGCUACGGAAAUUACCCUCUUCUCCUUUUCUCAWUUUAUAUUUAUGUAUGUUUUAUGUUUCUGCAAUGUUUUAUAGGAUCAGUUAAUUCAGUGAUUAUUUGGAAAUGAGUUGUAAAGAACAUGCA